AUGUCUAUGUUUCAGCGUGACCCGAGAGCUGGCGCGUUCCUUGGUGGAGACCGUAUAUCCGGUCAGGAUAUUCGCGAUCAGAAUGUCAUCGCGGCACAGACGAUCGCGAAUAUCGUGAAGAGCUCGCUUGGACCUCUUGGACUCGACAAGAUGCUCGUGGACAACAUCGGUGAAGUGACCAUCUCCAACGACGGCGCCACGAUCCUCUCGAUGCUCGCCGUCGAACAGCCUGCAGGCCGCAUCUUCGUCGACCUUGCACAAAAACAAGACAAAGAAGUCGGCGACGGCACGACUUCGGUCGUCAUCGUCGCCGCCGAGCUUCUUCGCAGGGCCAACGAGCUCGUCAAAGCCAAGAUCCAUCCUACGACGAUCAUCACGGGUUAUCGGCUUGCAUGCAGGGAGGCUGUCAGGUUCAUGCAGGAUCAGCUCGCCGUUUCUGUUGAGAGCCUUGGGAGGCCAGCUUUGAUCAAUGCUGCAAAGACCAGUAUGAGCAGUAAAAUCAUCGGCGGCGAUGAUGACUUGUUUGCGCCCAUGGCUGUUGACGCGAUGCUUGCUGUCAAGACGGUCAACUCGCGAGGAGAGACCAAGUACCCGGUGAAAGCCGUGAACGUGCUCAAGGCGCAUGGUCGCAGCGCUCGCGAGUCGAUAUUCGUCAAGGGCUACGCUCUGAACUGCACCGUCGCAUCACAAGCGAUGAAGACGCGGAUAUCCAACGCCAAAAUCGCCUGCCUCGACAUCGACCUCCGCAAAACGCGCAUGCAGCUCGGCGUCCAAAUCCUCGUCGACGACCCCGAACAGCUCGAACAGAUCCGCGCCCGCGAAGCCGGCAUCACCCUCGACCGCAUCAAAAAGAUCCUCGCCGCCGGCGCCAACGUCGUCCUCACCACCAAGGGCAUCGACGACCUCGCGCUCAAGGAGUUCGUCGAGGCCGGCGCGAUGGCCGUGCGCCGGUGCCGCAAGGAGGACCUGAGGCGGAUCGCGAAGGCCACGGGCGGGACGCUCGUGAGCAGUCUGGCGAAUCUGGAGGGCGAGGAGACGUUUGAGGCGGCGUAUUUGGGGAGCGCGGACGAGGUUGUGCAGGAGAGGAUCUCGGACGACGAGUUGAUCCUUGUUAAGGGCACCAAGGUCGUCUCGUCCGCUUCGGUCAUUCUGCGCGGCGCGAACGAUUAUAUGCUCGACGAGAUGGAGCGGGCGUUGCACGACACGCUUAGCGUUAUCAAGCGCACGCUUGAGAGCGGAUCUGUUGUACCCGGAGGUGGCGCGGUGGAGAGCGCGUUGUGCGUUUACCUGGAGAACUUCGCGCGUACGCUCGGCAGCCGCGAACAGCUCGCCAUCGCGGAAUUCGCCAACGCUCUCCUCGUCAUCCCCAAGACGCUCGCAGUCAACGCGGCGAAGGACAGCACCGAGCUCGUCGCCAAGCUCAGGGCCUACCACAACGCUGCGCAGGCCGCACCGGCUGGUGACCCGAAGAAGGCGUUGUUGCGGUACGGGUUGGACUUGCUGAACGGCGAGGUCAGGGAUAAUGUCACGGCGGGUGUUCUUGAGCCGACGAUUAGCAAAGUGAGGAGUUUGAAGAGCGCGUAUGAGGCUGCUGUGAGCUUGUUGAGGAUCGACGAUGCGAUUCAGUGUAUCGCGGAGCAGAAGGAUGAUGGGCAUGGGCACUAA